AUGCCAAUCAUCCAAGGCCCUGCAGACUCCCAAAGCCGCCCCUGGAACCUACCUUGGCAGCAGAUUAAAGACAACCUGCCACAUUUAGUCUCAGCCCCAUGACCGAUAGUGGGUUCAGUUCCUCCAGGGGCGGGGGAGCCUAGUGGCCCCGCCCCCUGACCCAUGGCCUGACCCUCCUCAAACGCACCCACAGGAGACUCCUAGUCCCCUGUCCGGACCCUGCCCUACCAGGUCCAGCCCCGCCCAACGGCAAGUUAAGAGCCCCCCAGUGCCAGACGCUCCAGACAGACUGCCACUCUUGGGUGGCCAAGAGUUGGUUGUCGUCAUGGCGACGGCGCUGAUGGCCGCGGUUCUGCGGGCAGCUGCUGUGGCCCCGAGGUUGAGCGGCCGGGGAGGCACUGGGGGAUCCCGGAGGCUGAGCUGUGGCGCGCGGCGGCGGGCGGCGAGGGGCACCAGCCCGGGGCGCCGGCUCAGCACCGCCUGGUCGCAGCCCCAGCCCCCGCCGGAGGAGUACGCGGGCGCGGAAGACGUCUCCCAGUCGCCUGUCGCCGAGGAGCCGUCGUGGGUGCCAAGUCCCACGCCCCUGGUGCCCCACGAGCCCCCUGAGCCUCCCUCGGGCCGCUCGCUGGUGCAGAGGGACAUCCAGGCCUUCCUGAACCAGUGCGGAGCCAGCCCCGGGGAGGCGCGCCACUGGCUCACGCAGUUCCAAACCUGCCACCACUCCGCGGACAAGCCCUUCGCCGUCAUCGAGGUGGACGAGGAGGUACUCAAGUACCAGCAGAGCGUAUCCAGUCUGGCCUUCGCCCUGGCCUUCUUGCAGCGCAUGGACAUGAAGCCGCUGGUGGUCCUGGGGCUGCCCGCCCCCACGGCGCCCUCAGGCUGUCUUUCCUUCUGGGAGGCCAAGGCGCAGCUGGCUGAGAGCUGCAAGGUGCUGGUGGACGCGCUUCGACACAACGCCGCCACUGCUGUGCCUUUUUUUGGCGGCGGGUCGGUGCUAGGCGCUGCCGAGCCGGCUCCCCAUGCCAGCUACGGCGGCAUCGUCUCGGUGGAGACAGACCUGCUGCAGUGGUGCCUGGAGUCGGGCAGUAUCCCCAUCCUGUGCCCCAUCGGGGAGACGGCCGCGCGCCGCUCCGUGCUUCUCGACUCCCUGGAGGUGACCGCGUCGCUGGCCAAGGCCCUGCGGCCCACCAAAAUCAUUUUCCUCAAUAACACAGGCGGCCUGCGCGACAGCAGCCAGAAGGUCCUGAGUAACGUGAACCUGCCCGCCGACCUGGACCUGGUGAGUAACGCCGAGUGGGUGAGCACAAAAGAACGGCAGCAGAUGCGGCUCAUCGUGGACGUGCUCAGCCGCCUGCCCCACCACUCCUCAGCCGUCAUCACCGCCGCUAGCACUCUGCUCACUGAGCUCUUCAGCAACAAGGGGUCCGGGACCCUGUUCAAGAACGCCGAGCGAAUGCUACGGGUGCGCAGGCUGGACAAGCUGGACCAGGACCGUCUAGUGGACCUGGUCAACGCCAGCUUCGGCAAGAAGCUCAGGGACGACUACCUGGCCUCGCUGCGCCCGCGGCUGCACUCCAUCUACGUCUCCGAGGGAUACAACGCUGCCGCCAUUCUGACCAUGGAGCCCGUCCUGGGGGGCACCCCGUACCUGGACAAAUUUGUGGUGAGCUCCAGCCGCCAGGGCCAAGGCUCCGGCCAGAUGCUGUGGGAGUGCCUGCGGCGGGACCUGCAGACGCUUUUCUGGCGCUCCCGGGUCACCAACCCCAUCAAUCCCUGGUACUUCAAACACAGUGAUGGCAGCUUCUCCAACAAGCAGUGGAUCUUCUUCUGGUUCGGCCUGGCUGAUAUCCGGGACUCCUAUGAGUUGGUCAACCAUGCCAAGGGACUGCCAGACUCCUUUCGCAAGCCAGCUUCUGACCCAGGCAGCUGACCUUCACCAUGGACCCUACAGGCCCUGGAAUGGCCAGGGUGGACCAAAAGCCAUGCCAGCUGGGGAUGACCCCAGGCAGCCACCCACAGGCUGGAUGGGGCUUGUUGGCUGAGUGAUCUGCAAAGGAAAAAGCUGCCCCAGCUCUGCCCAGAGGAGGCGCUGAAGUGGGACAAGCACAGGAAAGAGGGGGGCCAGUCUAGGACCCCAACUCAACUCGCUCCAAAGCCACAAGCAAAUGGCCUUUGAUUUUCAACCUGGGGAUUAGGGGAGGGGAAGAUGCCUUCCAGGGUUCUACUCAGGACUAACCCUAAGGAUGGGCUAGUUUCUGUGCCUCUGUACUAUGUUUUGAGGCUCCCUUACCCAAAAUAACACCCCUGCCUGCAUGAUAUUGUACCAUUCAUUUUAAUUCUUUUGGGUCUUGCAGUUUUUCAGGAGGCCUUGAUUAAAAUGCAAAUGCUUGUCUGAGA